GACCAUCAUCGCUGUUGGCCGCUGGCGACGCCACUGCCGUCCCUUCUACUCUCCGCGCCACCACAUCUGCUGCUGAAAGGUCCGAUCGCCAUUAUUAUUAUUAUUAUUAUUGGCAGCAUAUCGGUGGUGGUACACGCUUCAGCAGUACUCCAGUGACGAUCGGUUCGAUCGAACAGUGCGACGAUCUUCAGGUGCCUGUCCACAACCCCCGGUCAACGGUCUACGCCGACGUGAACUACAUAUACCUACUAUAUUCAGAUUCUGUCUUUACUCCAGCCGCUGGUAAUAUUGUUGUAUAACAACCGCUCGCAUUUCACAUCGCACGAAUUCGAACGACGAGAGCAAUGAGUGUGCCAAUGGAAUUGGACGAUCCCGCGACGGAUGCGGUACCGCUGGACUUGACCGUGAAGAAGGAGAACGACUGCGCUGGCUCGGCGGCGGUGAAGGAACGUGACGGACCCGCUGAGCAAUCGGCGGUUGACGCGCCGCCGCCGUCGAACGGCGGUAAACCGACGCCGCUGGACCUGAGCGCCGGCAGGACGUUGUCGUCUCAGGCGCCGCCGCCGCCGCCACCGCCGUCCGCGAACGUCGCUCAACGUGCCACCGUGGUGGUGCUGUCGCCGAAGGUGCAGGUCGCUCCACCGCCGCCACAGCCGCCGCCGUCUCCACCGCCGAAAUCGCAGCCGCCGUGCAAGGGCUAUUGGACGCCGGACUCGUCGUCGCCACUGAUGCCCGAACAUUUGGCACCGCUGCACGGCAUAUACGCCGACGCCGCCGCUUACCGGCACAUGAUCUCGUCCGCAACCGUUCCCGAGUACAACCCGUUCCUACCCGUGCUCCCGCCGUCCGCUCAGUUCCACCAUCACAGCCAUUUCCAGCAGCAGCAGCAACAACAUCUGCACAUCCAGCAACAGCACCAGCUCCAUCUCCAGCAGCAGCUCCAGUUGCAGCUGCAGAUGCAGCAACAGCAGCAACACCACCAGGAACAGCAGCAGAAGCUCCAGAAGCAAAAACUCCAGCUGCAGGCCGCGUACGGCGGUCUCCCGAUAGACCCCGCGUUGUUGUUGACCGGCAGCCCGGUGUAUGCGGCCACGUCGUCGCCGUCCUCGUCCGAGUCCAACCACUUCCCGUUCGGCGGAUUCGACUGCGGCUUUUCCAAGCCGCCCUACGGUUUCGGUUACCCAUACUACGAAAGGAUGCUAGACGGCAGAGUGAUUGGUGGAGCGUGUGGGGGCAUGGACAUCAGCGCCAACCGGUCCGAUUGUCCGUCACCCGAGUCGACGACCACGUGCACGACGACCACAGACGACCAUCACCACUUCAACCACCAUCACCACCAGCAGCAGCAGCAGCAGCAGCAGCGAGACCUGGACCGAGAACACCAUCACCGCAUCAAAGCGUGCGACAUGGACGACCUGGACGUCGUGGACCCCGAGGAGGUGGCAGCCAUAUACAGACAGUCGGACUUCUUGUCGUUCCGGCACAGGUACAUGGAGAGCUUGGGACCGCCGAGGAACUUUGAGAAAAUGAGGCGGUCUAGCAACAACAACAACAACAACAACAGCAGCAGCAGCAGCAACAACAACGACGACCACCGGUUGACGUCCGGCCAGCAGCAGUACGACCAGACGUACGUCAUGAAGCGGCAGAAGAACAACGAGGCGGCCAAGCGGUCGCGGGACGCCAAGCGGCAGAAGUACAUCGAGAACCAAAUCAGCGUCAUGUACCUGACCAAGAAGGUGAGCGAGAUGAAAGACAUUAAGAGACGGUUGCUCAAGUCCAUGUGAUGCUCGUCGAAUAGGUAUGCUGUUACUGAUAUUUGUACGUAUAAUGUUAUCAAUAUAAGCUAGAAUACUGUAUUAUGCAUAUAUUAUACUUCAGUUUUCCGUAUCACUUUUCAAACCAUAUUUUGUAAUCGCUGUCAAAUUAUAUACGACUAAGUAUUCUAAACGCAUUAACACUACCCUGGGUUGCAGUGUCGGGUAAAAAUAAACCACGUUUACCCUGUGAUUUAAGUUUAUAAGGAUCGUACUUUAAAUACAUUAAUUGAAUUAGCCAAUAACAAAUAUUAAGUCAAUACCACGUCAUUAUAGUUUUUCAUUACGCAACUAGUUUUCCUCAUAGUUAAACUUUGCCGUAACAACAUUAAUUGUUUCAAAUACAAUAAUUGUAAUAUAUUAUUAUUGAAAAAUUCAAUGGAUAUAAACUAUAAUUGAAAUUUAUUAAUUUUAAAUUUUUC